AUGUGGAAAGCAGAAGAUACUUGCAUUGAAUGGUUAAACAAGGAAGCCCCUUCUUCAGUUAUAUACGUAUCUUUUGGAAGCCUUGUUUUCUUAUCAGCCAAACAAAUGGAGUGCAUGGCGAAAGCCCUGAAGAACAGUAACAAUCCAUUUAUUUGGGCGGUUAAGAAACCAGACUUAACAGAACCUCAUGGUGCAGGACAAUUGCCAUUAGGAUUCUUGGAGGAGAGGAAAGACCAAGGGGUGGUUGUAUCAUGGUCUCCACAAACCAAAGUUUUAGCCCACCCAGCCAUUGCGUGUUUUAUAAUUCAUUGUGGAUGGAAUUCUAUGUUAGAAACAAUUGCUGCGGGCGUGCCGGUGAUUGCAUACCCCAAGUGGAGUGACCAGCCAACAAAUGCAAAACUUAUUGUUGAUGUUUUUCGCAUUGGUCUAAGGCUUAGAGCAAAUCAAGAUGGGAUUGUUAGCAAUGAGGAAUUAGUUAGAAAGAUCGAUGUAUUAGAGAGAUCAUGGACGGACCAAAGUCUGUGGAGCUUAAAUCCAAUGCAAGGGAAUUGA